CCAUAACUUCAUAGUUUAUAUCAGGCUUUAUUAUGCCGCCGUUUAGAGUGAAAGCACAAGGUGGUGUAUACACUACAGUGAAGCAUGGCAGAGAGGAGCAAAGAGCUUCUUCAGUUUGAGCACAAAGACUUACCCUUUUCAUCCACAGAAUCUGCUCUUCUUGUUUGUGAUAAUAAACGAGAAUCAAAGAGAAUACCCUCUAAUGGGUCACUCAAGACUGCCCCAGUUCCCCCAAGCCAACUUUUAGGGAAGGUUAGAGACUUCCUAGGAGUGAUGUCAGAAGCUAAUAAGCGGCUGGAACUUGAUGCAAAGGACCAUCCUGAGAAUUAUAAUAUUGAAGAGUUAACUGGAAAUGAAUCCCAAGUUAUUGAAAUGGAUUUGAUGCUUGGUGUUGCUGAUCUUCAUACACCUGAGGCUGUGGCUGCUGCUGAAUCUGCUGUUUCCAGUCAUGAGCCUGUGAUUCCAUUGGCCGGUGAUGAUAGUGAAACUGAUUCAGAUGAUGACCGUGGGGGUGAUAAAAUUGGAUCAACUAAGCCUAGCUGGCUACUUGGUGAAAAGCUGUAGCGUAAUUAAAACAAACUGAACGUCACGUCACCACAUUUGUAGAAUUGAAUUUGUUUAUUCUGAACUUAAUAUGUAUAUGUCUAUCACGAUUAUGAUCAGAUUCUAGUGAGGAAAUAUAUAGCUCUAUAAUUGAAGCCUCAUUAACUGACUCUUGAGCUGAAUUAUACUCCCAAGACUGCAUGUUUGGAAGGUUUUCAUUUCAUUGGAGAUCCUACCCUGAAAAUGUCAGUCAAGAAUUGUAAGUUUUCUGCAAGUAUUUGAGAAUACCAUGUUUUCUGUGAA